CCGCUCGCUGCUCACUGCACAGCCGCAGUCCACGGCGAUGCGCCGUUAACGGCAGAGCCGCUCCGCGCUCUUUUCUUUCUUCUUCCACCAUCCUCGCUUUGAGAGGAUCAUCAUCAUCAUCACCAUCAGCAGCAUCACCAUCAGCAGCAGCAUCCCCAUCCCCUCUCCGGGCUGCGUGUUUGUCCGCCGGCGCUGCACCGUCCUUAUCAAUACCAUGGAAAUACCAGGCUGUCAUUCUUCCAUCUAGAAGGGAAGUCUCACCUCACACAGUCAAGACGGGGGGCACAAUGAGUGAAGAGUCACCGGCCUCCCCCAGUUGGCUGACCCCUGACCCCACAGCAUGGGCCAGCGGAGGCGGGGGACCGAUGGACAACAGCACCAGCAUGGGGACGUUUCCCCCGGAGGAGUCUCUACCGCCCAGCCAGCUGCCCCUGCUGGUCAACCCCUGGGACAUUGUGCUGUGCUCAUCUGGGACUCUGAUAGCCUGUGAGAACGCCCUGGUGGUGCUGGUGAUCUGGCAGAACCCGGCGCUCAGAGCCCCCAUGUUCCUGCUGAUCGGCAGCCUGGCGCUGGCGGACCUCCUAGCCGGCCUGGGCCUGGUGCUCCACUUCACCUGUGCCUACCUGCUCCGCUCUGACUCGGCCCAGUUGCUGACCGUGGGCCUGGUGGUGGCCUCCUUCUCUGCUUCUGUCUUCAGUCUGCUGGCCAUCACUAUUGACCGCUACUUGUCGCUGUAUUACGCCCUCACCUAUAACUCGGAGCGGACAGCGGCCUUCACCUACACCAUGCUGGUGCUCCUGUGGGGCCUGUCCCUGUGUCUGGGCCUGCUUCCGGUCACAGGGGUCAACUGCCUGGCAGAGGAGGCCACAUGCAGCGUGGUUCGGCCACUCACAAAGAACAACAUAGCAGUGCUGUCCGUCUCCUUCCUGCUGCUCUUCGGCCUCAUGCUGCAACUUUACGUCCAAAUCUGCAAGAUCGUGAUGCGCCACGCCCACCAGAUCGCCCUCCAGCACCACUUCCUGGCUGCCACACCCCACUACGUCACAACACGGAAGGGCGUGUCAACACUGGCCAUCAUCCUGGGUACUUUUGCUGCCUGUUGGAUGCCAUUCACUGUCUACUCUCUAAUCGCUGACUACACCUACCCUCCUCUGUACACCUACGCCACGCUGGUGCCUGCCACCUACAACUCUGUCAUCAACCCGGUCAUAUACGCUUUCAGGAACCAGGAGAUCCAGAAGGCGCUGUGGCUGGUGUGCUGUGGAUGCGUGCCUGCCAGCGUAGCCCACCGAGCACGGACCCCUAGUGACGUCUGACCAAGCAGACCCAGGUGGGAAGAGAGAGGCACCCUGGGUCAGCUGUGCUCCUCACUGGAUGUGACCAGUGUCAAAGAGAGCAGCAGCAGGAGAGAUCAGGGGAAGAAGUGGCAGAGGGCUGAAGCUGCAGUUCCGACUGGAGAUAAUACUGGAGAUGAUAGUGGCAGAGGCAGAUGGGUGAAUUAUCCACAGCCCUCCUGGAUGGAUGGCGUGUGUUUCUUUGUUAUAUUCAUCAUAGGGCAAGGUAUCUCACUGUCUUCCCCAGUGCAGGCGGCCAUCACAGGGCUGCCUCCCGCCCCCUCCCAUUCAAUCCGUGCCACGCCCUUCCUUCUCUAUUCUGCAGAGAGCUGAGAGCAUCACAUGUUACAGGCAGCAGCUGUAUAUAGAAUGUCCAUACAGCACUGGAGCUGUGGUUGGCACGUGCUUGUUUUACUUCAAACGGCGGGGAGGGAUUAUUAUUUUGAGCUUCUGUGCGUGCGUAAAUACGCGCGGCGGAUUAACAAAGCAGUGUGCGCGGUGCGGUGCGGUGAGGUGAGGAGAGAUACGGCCGCUGCUCAAUACGCGGCAUUUCCACAGUAAAAGCCCGUCUGGAGCAGCAUCCCGUCGCUCUACUGCUGCACUCUGAACGUGCGUCGAAAGCUAAGCAGCCACGGAGAGCUAAAAAUAGACCCUGGCGCUCUCUGAUCCGCGCCCUGCGUCCUCCACGGACGUCAAGAAAGAAAGAAAUCUAGCCGCCUUUUCUCCUCGCCUCUCUUAUAUUCUCAUUUCUAAUUUUUUUUUUUCUGGAUUGUGCGUGAAUGUGUUGUAGAGUCAGUCUGUGUUUGAGAGGCUAUAGCUGCGUCUUAAAACAAGGCCCAGUUUAGCCACCAUUAUUUUUUUAUUGUUAAGAAGCGCCGAACCGUGUAGAAAAGGAGUAAGAUUAUGUAACCCCCCUUAUAGCUCUCCAGUGCAUCUUUUUAAAAGAUGGGAAUGCUAUAAAUGUAUUGCUGUUUAUGGAAACAAAGAUAAAAUCUAACUUUUAAGGUUAAUUUGGAAACAAACACUUUAGAAAGGAAAUCAAAAUCCCUAUGUGGAAAUUAGUAAAA